CCCUGAGUGCUUUGACUCAUGGUGUAUGUUGAAGAAUGUUCGUCAUAACAAAAUUUCAACUAAUUUUAUUACUGCGAAUGGGCUAGAUGUGUACGGUCUAGUGAAAAUUCUGACAUUUCUCUGCCAUAUGAUAAACUCCGUAGACUUCUGGUAGGUCACUUCCAUAUAAUUACUUUUGAAACAGGAGAGAGGGGACAGUUCAACAAACUUGUUUGUCCUCCUAGCCAGAAGACUCGAGAAUUCGUUGUCCAGCUUCAGUUACAACCUUCAGAAUGCAACUUUGACGAUCAGGUCCAUCCUGGACUACGUGAUCGCCUAAUUGUUGCGAUAAAUAUUCUAAAGUUGGAGAAAGAGAUGAUUCAGAUCCCUUCCUACACCUUUCAAACUGCUAAGUAUUUAUGCAUUACACAUGAAGAUGUCAACAGUGAAUAUCCAGUGAAUACCCACUGUUAAUCGCGACAGAUAGAUAGACUGUGUGAUAAGCAGCCAAUCAAUAUUAUGUGACCUUUUUUGUCGCGAUUAUUGGCCAAUUAAUGUAACUCACACCACAUGAUGGUGACCUUGAAUGUUCUUUUCUGUCUGUCACUCUACUUGUAUAUACAUGUAAUUAAUUGACUGUUCAUUUUGUCCGUACCCUCAAUACUGUUCGGUACGUUUUUGUCCUAUUUUUGUAAUGACAGUGGAUUUGUACAUUUUUCUUGGAGUAAUUGUAUGAUUUAUUUUAUGUUUUAGAAACAGAUAAAGUUUAAGUCAAGUUAUUCUGUUUUAACUAUAGUAAAGCCAAGACUCUGUGUCAUCAGUAUUGAGGAAGGACUAAAUCUGUAGGACAAAAAUAAUCCUACAAAGUUUCGAACAGUAUUGCAGACGAAAGUUUCGAACAGUAUUCCAGACGAAAGUUUCGAACAGUAUGGCAGACGAAAGUUAUGAAACUAUGCCGUCGUUAACUCCACAGUUAGGAAAGAGUAAUGAAGCUGAUUUCCCUGGAAGCAUCGAGAAUAAAUCACGCUAUAUGAUAGAAUUGGAGCUAGCGAAAUUGCGCAUAGUCCAAAAAGAGAAAGAAAUGGAAUUUGAAAGAUUACGACAAGGUAGUCGCGAAUGUUCUUGUCACAAUAAAUCGCCUUACAAACCUUCUACUUCCCAUAAAGUCGCUGUAUCUCUUAAUGAUGAGUCCGCCAGAACUAUAUCUAAGUUUCUGGACAUGCUUAAAAGAUAUCAAUAUUUUAAGAUGGAUGCCGAUGAACUUGAGUGUUGGAUCAAUGAAAAACUGCAAACAUAUGCAAACGAGGAUUUUAAAGAACUCAGUAAUCUUCAGCUGAAAAAACAGAAACAUCAAGAGCUUGAGUUCGAAGUAACAGUUCAUGCUGAAACACUGUCAGCUCUGGAUUCUGCGGGAGAAGAAAUGAUUGGUCAGGGGUACUACGCAACAGAUAUUAUCAAAAACCGUCUUGAUGAAUUGCAUGCCCUGUGGGAAAGGCUUAUGGCUAUUUUCAGAGAAAAAUCCAGUGUCAUUAACCUAAAGCUUAAAUUUGUCCAGUUUUUACGCCAAGUCGACGAGAUACUUUUCUGGAUACGUGAAAACGAAACUUACGUAACAUCAGAGGAUUUAGGUCAAGACUUGGAAGAUGUUGAGACACUUCAAAAAGGGCUUAAUGAGUUUACAAAAGAUCUCGAGAAUCAAGAAAGUCGUGCAGAAGACAUCUAUCGGAAGGCAGAUGAACUUCUAAAAGAGAAAUUUCCUGAGGAUGCCCUAGUCAUAGAAAAG